AUGGCGCACUCAUACCACCCCCAGCCCGCCAUGACGGGCUUCUUCGACCCAUUGCAACAGGACUCGACGGCCGCGUACUCGCUAUUUGGUCCGACUCAGUACCCCGAGAGCGUUGCCUUCUGGCACGACCCCUCCGCGGCGCCCUCACUGCCCACUCCAACCUAUCCAUCGCCGCCGAAGUCGCAUCCCACCUUACUGCAACCCAUCCCGGACUUGAAGAAACAUAAGCGCACACGCAGCGGCUGCUUCACCUGUCGCUCGCGGCGCAUCAAGUGCGACGAGACCCGGCCGACCUGCGAGCGCUGUCGCAAGGGCAGCCGCGAAUGCGUCUAUCCCUCGCCCACCACGCCCGCCACCUCUAAGUCCAGCGUCCGUUCAUCGGGCAAAGCACGUGGCCCGCGCCCAAAGUCGCAGGGGAGUGACUCAUCCGGUAAACCAGAAGUCGAAGCGGUCAGUCCGCUGGAACCCAUCCUUGACGAAGAUGAACCCGAAAGCACCGAGCCGGGAUCGCGCACGUCCCCUACGAGCGGCGGGAUCACGUCGCGACCCAAGUUACAGAAGAGUCAAAGCACACAGUCCCUACAGCAACGGAGCACGAAACCGGCAUCCGAAAGCUCUCCCCUUCAUAAAGAGCAGAGUAGUUCGCCCUCCUCCACGACCGAGUCGUCGCGCUUCGAGUCCAUGAGCGCGCGGUCGGCCAGUAUCGUGGACCCGCUCAGCAAUACCCGACUGCCGGACGACGUGCGGUUUUAUUUGAAUUUCCACCAGGAGUAUAUCACAUAUCAACAUUAUUUUCUAAAGCAGAGCAGUGACCACUUCAUCCAUCAGAGCAUCAUCGAGCUUGCUCUGCAGUACGAGCCGCUGCUCUAUGCCCUCACCGGGUUCUCGGCAUAUCACCACACACUACAGAGUCCCGACGGCAAGAUGUAUACAUUCCUCAAAUAUUACAACAAGGCAUUGACUCUGUUGCGAAAAUCAUUGGGCUCUGCGGAAGAGCACGGCGAGGCGACAUUGGUCACUGUUCUGGUUCUCACAUCUUUUGAGGAAUACAUUGGUGACUGGGUGAAUUUGAUCGAUCACCACCAAGCCGCGCACGCGCUGAUGCGGGAGCUGUUGACUCCGGAAUCUACCAGCGUGAACGAGCUACACAGUAACAUCUUUUUAUGGUAUGCACGCUUCGAUGUUGUUGUCGGGAUUUUAGCCGGCACAGAAGUGGUCCUCGGUCGGAAUUGGUACAUCGCAAAGGAACAGUAUGACGCCGAACAAGCCGCUCGAUAUCCAGGAGACCCGACUAUGCAAUUGGCCUUGGUAGCUUCGAUCAACCGCCGCUUCGGGUUGGACAUGGCUUCGCUAUAUGCCAAACUAUCGCGCGGCCUGAUUCCAUUCGACGAGUUCGCCGCACAGAACGAACAGCUCGGCCAAACAUUGGAUCGGGCAAAGGCAAUUUUAAAGCAAUUCGACGAAUCCGACUACCUCGUCCGCUCCUUUCCACACCAACAACCCUUGACCGAUGACGACAUCGUGGACCCUUAUGCUCCUGGUUGCCUGUACCACGGCAUCCUAUGGGAGUACAACUACGCCUUGAUCGAUAUUCUCUCCACCGAGACAAUGUACAAAUACCAGACCAUGCUCUCCCUCAAACGGCCCCUUCUCCCGGAUCUCCAGAAACUAGCCUACGAGCAGUGCCAAUUGAUCGAGGCCAUCGACCGCUGGCCAGAUAAAGAGAACGGAUAUUGCAUCGGCUUCAAAAAUUGCAUCGGCAUUGCCAGCAUGUUUCUCCCCAAGGAUAACAAGCACCAGAUGUGGUCGCGGCGGAAGAUGGCAUUGAUGGAGCAGAACGGCUACAUCAUCGCUCCGAAAUUCCGCGCCGCUCUUGCUGCUAUCUGGCAAGUACCCGAAAUCAACCACUGGUGGCUGCCUAAUGACGAAGGGUAUCCCAACAUCGUGCGCGAAAUCCGCUCUUUAUCUGAGGAACGCCUGACCCAGCCGCGCGAUGAUUUUAGGGAGAAUGUUCGCGAUAUGAAGUCGUUGUUUUGGAAGCUGAGUGUCGACGAGCAGGAUGAGCCGCAUCAAGGUCCUAGUCCUUCGAGCAGUCACAGUGGUCCUCAGCAGUAG